AGAGGUUUGUUUGUAGAUAGAAACAUAACAUGUCUAUAUAAAAAUUUCAUUCAAUUAUGGUUUUGAAUUUGGUCAAUUGAAUAUUUCUUUGUGUUCGUUGAUCAUUUGUUAAUUGAUUGAUAUCGAUGCAGAAUAGUAGUAUUGUAAACUGCAGUAAUUGAACACUUGAACAGUGAUGUGUGAACUUUAGCCCUAGCUACGUGUUAGAUGUAAAAAUGUUUUGUUUUAGUAAAAUUAUUUUCUUUGUCGCUCUUAGCAUUAUUUUUUGUGAUAUAAAUCGCGUAUUAUGUGGAACGAGCAGGAAGCUAAGCCAUUUCGUAUACCCAGACAGCAAUUCAACAUAUUGUCGGAAUUUGAUAGUUAUUAAAGCUGAAGGACCCGCAGAUGUGCUUUACCAUGUGUGGGAUUUCGGCCCCGAACUAGAUGAACCAAUAUUAACCAUGCACGCAGUACCUCCUCAUGCGAACAUAUCCGUGAAUUGCACACAAAAAGCUAUCAAUUUUACAUCUGAGCCAUUAUAUUUCUUCGGUGUGGUGAUCAGGAAUAUUUACGAAUUCAACGAUAAAGAUGAUUCGGGAAUUUUGCACAGCGAUGACUCUCAAAACAUAAAAAUGCCUUUUCAAUACUUCAAUUGGGCUGUACAAGGGUUCCUCGACGAUCUACCUAGUAAUUCUAUCACUUAUUAUCUCAGCGCCGAUGGUUACCAACAUGGAAAUAUUACCAAAACUGGUGUAAUAAGUAUUACGGUUUCAGUUUUUGGAGAUUAUGGCCAUUCUGUUGAUUUACCUCAUUUGUUGCAUACUGAAAAUAGCACGCAGGUCGAUCUAGUUAUCGGUAAUUUUACUACGGCUUAUGAUAGAUCUCGAUUCGCAAUCGAAUUAGCAACGUUAAGUAUGAACGAACCAGACACUAAAGUGAGAUUAUCAGCUAAGAAAACGCUAGAUGAUGAAAAUACUCCGGGAGUGUUUAUAUUGGAUACAUUACGUGUUGGAGACGAUGACGAUAUAAAUCAAGCACACAGCGGGUAUUUGCAGUGGCGUCCAAUCGUCUACACAUCGCCCAAUAAAGUCGUGUCAAAUUCAACGAAAACCUUUGAGUAUGAUAUCGUCAAUGCAACUCGAUCUGUGUUCGAUACAUAUUGUCUAUAUCCCAGUUUAUUACUUGAUUCACGUGGCUCCCCAGUCAGUGCUGUAUGUGCAAACAUAUCACUUGGGUGGAGUGGAGAUGGAUUUUAUAAAAGAACUAAUUACUCCUCAUGGUCAUUCUUGGUUGGAAUUGGGAGCUCGCCGGAGCCUGAAUUUUCUAUGAUGGUUUUUCUCAUCAUCGCUAUCGGUUUAGGAUUCCCUACGUUGAUCAUCUUAGGUGGAACUGCUUUCAUGAUCUACAGAAAAGUCAGAACCGGUGAUUAGUAUAGGUAAAUGGAUUGAAGCAUUUAUUCGUCCUUCGAUUUUAUUCGAGUCAUACCAAUUUUAUAAAAGUCUAUAUACCUUCGAAGAAGGAGAUUAUCGCAUGGAUGAUAUUUUUUACACUUAUUUUUUUAAAUUUAUUAUCGUUGUUAAUGAUAUCAAAACAUUUAUUCUGUUUAAUAUCAAGUUAAGCAGGUCUAGUUCUUGGCUCAAAGGUUCUUCGAUACCUUAUGGGCGUUGAGUAAUUGCCUAGUUCACAGAUGCAGUUUUUUUCUCGCUUAAUGUAGCAUUUUGCUCAAAUUUAGAAUUAUUUUCUCCUGCGUUUGGGCAUUUCGCAUGUUCGAGAUUCCUCUUAUGACAAGUAGUUUGUGUCUGCGUUAAUUGUAUAGCUUCAGAAGGAUACUUUUUUGCUCUUGUGAUGUCAAUAUGUGUUUUGAUCUUGGUGAAAUCGAUGCAAUAUUUUGCCAAUGCAAUCGAUGGUUUGUUCGUAGUGUUUGAUUUGCUUCUAAAACACAUUAUUCUUUGUUUUUCUCAAAUAUUCCAACGUAGUUUUCGUUAUCUUUAGUGUUUGCUUUUGAUUAAUAAUAGUUUCUUAUCUGAUACAUUUUCCUGCGCAUUUCUCUUCGCAUUGUUUCGCUUUCGGCUACCCUGAAAAAUAUUCGUACAUAGCUUUGUGAGAAGCUAUAUUAGCUGUGGUUCUAUAGACUGCAAAGUACCAUAGAGUGAUGUUUUAUUCGCAAAAAUGAAUUUUAUUUUAAGGCUUAUCUUAUAAUUUAUAAGAUCUCAAAUGUGAUGAAUAUUUUUAAGCUGCUCGUGUGAUCAAAUACUUGUUGUUUUUCCUACAUACCUUUACCUAUCUAUACUUUUUCUUUAACCUAUUUCUAUUCUUUUAUUAUCGAUUGUAUGUAUUAAAAAUAAUUUUGCUCAAAUUAUUUGUGAGCUUUGUGCACGAUUUCGCACAUUUACGAGUAUAUUCGUAUCCUAAGUAUUUGUGUAAUAUUAUGGUUUUAUACGUUUGGAACUUUUAUUGCCAUUGAUUUUUAUCGUUUAUCCCCGAAUUCCGUGCCGAAUUAUUGUGUUUUCUUGUUUACUUUGUCGUAUAUUAUUUGAAUAAUUCUUUAUGCAGUAAUCUAUUUAUCUACUACGUAUAUUUUAAUGAUUAUUUUUAAUUAAUAUUUGGAGCAUAUCCUAUGUUACCAUUCUAGGAAUUUUUUUCUCUAUAGUACCUUUUUUUUAAUGUUCAAGUUUUAAGUUAUUUUCUUCGUGUUUUUAUCUUUUCCUCUUUCUAUCCGUAUUUUUCCCUUUUUUUAAAAAUAAAUUAUAUCUAUUUACGUGA